AGGGAAAGAGGAAAAAGAAGAGGAGGAAAUCCACGUAGCCUGUCUCGCAUCGAAACAGUCCUGUCGCGUCUCGUCGUCCUCAAUGUGGUCGUCUGUGUAAAGAAACCACUGCUUUCCCAGUCCGAGGACGACGGUGGUCACAGUGGCGGGGUAGCGCGGGGGACACCCACACCGGUCCCGACAAAAAAAAUGGAGCUGGAGGACGGAGUUGUGUACCAGGACGACCCGGGGACAUCAGCGAUGAUGUCGGAGCGGGUGUCGGGCCUGGCCAACUCCAUCUACCGCGAGUUCGAGAGGCUCAUCGGCCAAUACGACGAGGACGUGGUGAAGGAGCUGAUGCCGCUGGUCGUGGCCGUGCUGGAGAACCUGGACUCGGUGUUCGCGGAGAACCAGGAGCACGAGGUGGAGCUGGAGCUGCUGAAGGAGGACAACGAGCAGCUCAUCACCCAGUACGAGCGGGAGAAGGCGCUGAGGAAACACGCGGAGGAGAAGUUCAUUGAGUUUGAGGACACUCAUGAACAGGAGAAGAAGGACCUGCAGAACCAUGUGGACCGAAUGGAGUCUCACUCUCGGCAACUGGAGCUCAAGAUCAAGAACCAUGCAGACCAGAUCGGCAGGUUAGAAGAGCGAGAGCUGGAGCUCAAGAAGGAAUACAACUCCCUCCAUCAGAGACACACAGAGAUGAUCCAUAACUAUAUGGAGCAUGUAGAGAGGAUCAAACUGCAGCAGAUUAAUGAGACUUCAGAGUCCAGCGCGGCCGGCAGAGUCAGGAGAGAAAGGCCUCUCUCUUUGGGGAUUUUCCCCUCAUCUGGCGGGGCAUCUCUACUCAUCCCGGACCCCCAGGCCAGAGCAGAGACACCGGGCACAGAGGGCUGGAGGUUGACAGACACAACGCAGCCACGGUCCAACACUAGCCUCAAGCAGUUGGACUUUGUCGACCCCCCAAAGGAAAGGGAGGGUAAGAGUGCACAGGAUUCUACUUGGGGGAAUUCACUGGCAGACGACUGCAAGGAUGAGUUGUCGGACCUCCCCGGCUCCAAGUCGGCCACACCGAUGUCCACGGCCGCCUCAGACGCGGAGAGGGAAGGUGGGAACAGUAAGAGUGCUGAGGUGCAGGCUGCACCAGGGACUAGAUCCAUAUCAGUGGGUUUGCCUGAAAACGAGGACAGCUCGGACAUGCAGGACAUUAUUGAGUCCACCCCUGAGCUGGACAUGGAUCUCGCUGGAUACAAGCUAUGCAGUACCCCUACCAAAGGCAUCGAGAACAUGGCGUUUGACCGCAACACAGAAUCUCUGUUCGAGGAGCUGUCAUCUGCAGGCACUGGGCUCAUAGGGGAUGUGGAUGAAGGGGCCGACCUGCUGGUGGAGUACUCUGACCUUAGUUUGAUUGGUAUGGGCCGGGAAGUUGAAAAUCUAAUCCAAGAGAAUUCACAGCUGCUUGAGACAAAGAAUGCCCUGAACGUGGUGAAUAAAGACCUGAUAUUGAAGCUGGAUGAGUUGACCUGUGAGAAGGAGAUGUUGCAGGGAGAGCUGGAGGCCGUGCUGCAGGCCAAGGCCAAGCUGGAGGACAAGAGCCGAGAGGUGGAGGAGGAACUCAAAAAAGUGCGACUGGAGAUGGAGGAAGUAAAACAGAAAACAAAAGAAGAGGAGGAUAGCGAUGUACCCACAGCCCAGAGGAAGCGCUUCACCAGAGUGGAAAUGGCCAGGGUGCUGAUGGAGAGAAACCAGUACAAGGAGAGGCUGAUGGAGCUGCAGGAAGCUGUGCGGUGGACAGAGAUGAUCAGGGCCUCGAGGGAAAAUCCAACACUGACAGAAAAAAAGAAGUCCAGCAUCUGGCAGUUCUUCAGCAGACUGUUUAGCUCCUCCUCCAGUGCCCCUGCCGUGAAGAAGGUGGAGUCCCAGUCCAACGUGAAAUACAACACCCCGUGCGGCAUGGUGAAGAGGAGUAGCACCUUCUCCCAGUUCCCCACAGAGAAGUCCAAGACCUUUGACUUCCUCAAUGAAGAAAAGGACCAGUGCAGCUCACCGUCGCGUAAGGAACAGAAGAGAGCCCAGUACCGACAAGUCAAGGCCCACAUGCAGAAGGAGGAUGGACGAUUGACCGCACAUGGCUGGAGCCUGCCCAGCAAAUGCAAGGUGGCAAAUGGUGGACAGAUGGAGAACAAAAUCAACUUACCUGUACCAGUGUACUUGAGACCACUGGAUCAGACGGAUGCUUCUAUGAAGCUCUGGUGUGCUGCAGGGGUCAACCUGUCUGGCGGGAGGAUAUCGGACCUUCCUAAGCAGACGAAGGGCUCUCAGAUUAGCCUGGACCAGCUGGAACAAGAGAAUAAGGUGAGAGAUCAGGAGAAAGUGGAGCAGGAGAAAGAGCUGAUGCUUCAGGAUGAGGUGUCCGGUAGGGUGUGGGUGUGCACAAGCACCCACUCCUCCACCAAGGUCAUGGUGCUGGAUGCCAGUCAGCCCUCUGACCUACUCGACAGCUUCUACGCCUGCAACACCCACGUCGUCUGCAUCGCAAGUGUGCCAGGGGUGUUGGAGACUGAUUAUCCGGCAGGUGAAGAGGUACCGCAUGAUCUGGAUGCGAGCCAAGGUGACAGGGUGUCACUGGCCGGCAGCGUGGCCAGUGUAGGCUCUACCGGCAGCGAUGGUGCCAUGGCAGCAGAGGGGACCACUGCCAUCCCCCAGACGGCCAGCUCAGGUUUCACAGACCAGCCGGCUGAGCACAGCGCCAUCUCUGGCUCAGUUGAGUUGUCCAGAGAGACUAGUCCGGCAGAAGAUGGGGUUCCUACGGCGGAAGAAGCGACAGAGGCAACAGAAGCGAAUGCUGGUGUGGGUGAGGAAGGAGAGGACGACCAGGGAGCAGAACAAAACCAGCCUGGAAUCUACACGGAGCAUGUGUUCACCGACCCACUGGGGGUGGGACCCACUGACUCCUUGCCUACUGACACACGGAGUGGCUCCGGGCAGGAUGGAGUGACUUCCUUCCCAAAAGACUCGGAGCCGCCAGAGGGGGAAGCCCUGAGGAUGAGCAGCGCCCUCCCCACCAUGUGGCUGGGAGCUCAGAAUGGAUGUCUGUAUGUCCACUCGUCUGUGGCACGAUGGAGGAAAUGUCUCCACGCCAUCAAGCUGAAGGACUCCAUCCUCGGCAUAGUACAUGUGAAAGGGAGAGUCCUGGUCGCGCUGGCCGAUGGGACAUUAGCAAUUUUCCACAGAAGCAUUGACGGUCAGUGGGACCUCACCAACUACCACCUGUUGGACCUGGGCCGGCCCCACCACUCCAUCCGCUGUAUGACCGUAGUCCAUGACAAGGUGUGGUGCGGCUACAGGAACAAGAUCUACGUCAUCCAGCCCACGGCUAUGAGGAUAGAGAAGUCAUUCGACGCUCAUCCUCGCAAGGAGAGCCAGGUGCGGCAGCUGGCCUGGGUCGGAGACGGUAUCUGGGUGUCCAUCCGCCUGGACUCAACGCUACGCUUGUUUCACGCCCACACCUUCCAGCACCUCCAGGACGUGGACAUCGAGCCCUACGUCAGCAAGAUGCUCGGUACGGGCAAACUGGGCUUCUCAUUUGUGAGAAUCACAGCUCUCGUGGUGUCCUGCAGCCGUCUGUGGGUGGGGACAGGAAACGGUGUCAUCAUCUCCAUCCCGUUGUCGGAAGCCAACAAGACAACGGGAAUUGUGCCAAAUCGGCCCGGCAGUGCUGUACGUGUUUACGGUGAUGACGGUUCCGACUGUGCCAUGCCAGGCAGCUUUGUGCCAUACUGCUCCAUGGCACACGCCCAGCUGUGUUUCCAUGGACAUCGAGAUGCUGUAAAGUUUUUUGUGACCGUGCCAGGACAGGCAAUGCCUCCUCCAGGUGGUGCAGACUCAGGCUCUGAUGACCCUCCAUCUGAGUCCUCUGACACGGUGACCUCCGAGCCCAAAACAUACCUGGUCAUGAGUGGAGGCGAAGGCUACAUUGACUUCAGAAUGGGUGAUGAAGGCGGUGUGUUGGACGGUUUAUCAGAGCCGACAGCCAAUCAGCAGUCAGCGCCCACCAAGGCUGAGCGGAGCCACCUCAUCGUCUGGCAGGUCACAGCUUCUAAUGAUUAAACGAAAAAAAAAAGACACACUGUUGUGUCAGUGCCAGGGCCGCCCUCCAAUCACCGCAUGUCCUCCUUUAAGUUUUUAAUUUGAUAUAACUGAUUGUUCUUAAUGCCUGAGUAGUUGACUACUUUGUAAAAAAAACAACAAUAUUUUUAGCCCAUGUUUUGUACAGUUUAUUCUUUAUGAUUUUGAAAUAGGUGAGGUUUAUGUCAACUCAAAGAAUACGUCCAUGGUCCAAGUGUUUCCUUCUGCUGGGUUUGCAUGUUGGAAAAGCAGGUGCAAAUAGGAAAAGACAGAGUCACUUCAUCUGAAACUGUUCGUGUGGUCGUUUCGCUCAGAAAUGUUAUAGUGGGUUAGAUGUGAAAAACAAAAAGGGAAAAGCACUCGAAGGAUUUGGGAGGAAUUGAGCAGCGAGCAGGAAGUUUUGAACAAAGUAAUAUUUUUUAUAACACACAUAAGACUUUUACAUUUGUAAACCACACGUGUGAACAUGUGUGAACAUCAGGUGUGUGAAUGGAUUCACUGGCGUCUUACCUGUGUUGAACAUCUUUAUUAUCUUUACCAUUAGGACUGUUUCUCAAAAUAUGAUACACAGAACGAUUCUACUGUUCUUUCAGCUGAGUAGAAAAGCAGCCUGCACGUACGAGUGGUCCACACACACACACACACACACAGAAAACAUUUACUCAAAUUAAAUGUGCUCCUUCCAAAGGUGGAAGGAUAAAACAUAAUCGUGAAGGUCGUAUUAAUAUUCAAUGACACCAGGCCUUAUUUGCCACAGGAUUAUGUUUUGUGUUAUGAAUAAUAUCAAAGCAGUUUGGGUACUUAAGGGUUUCCUAUGAAUAGAAGACCCACCUAACUGUACUUUAGGUUAGCACUAGUGUGUGUGUGUGUGUGUGUGUGUGUGUGUGUGUGUGUGUGUGUGUGUGUGUGUGUGUGUGUGUGUGUGUGUGUGUGUGUGUGUGUGUGUGUGUGUGUGUGUGUGUGUGUGUGUGUGUGUGUGUGUGUGUGUGUGUGUGUGUGUGUGUGUGUGUGUCCCUGCUCUGCCAUUUUAAACCUAAACCCUCCCUCGUCUUUGUGAGGAGAAUCUGCCUGUGCCACCAGUCUGGUUCUUCCCAUUUGCUUCAGCUUCAUUGGCACUUUAAGAUGUUAGUCGCUUGACGUUUUUGAAGAACGGUGACGUACGCUGCACUCCCGUCCUGUGUGCUAAAGGGAACAAAACUAACAAGUAUUCGUAGCGAGUCGACGCUCCAUUAACCAAAAGACGAUGGAAGAAGCACCGUGAAACUUUUUAGAAAAUCUUUUCCACGUUUAAGAGUCUUGAGUCUAAUAAUUUGAAGGUUUUACAUGUAUGUCUUAUGGAGAAAUAGGCUUGAAUAAGGGAAUCAGACUAAAAAUGUUUGUGGCACCUUUUAAUGGACAUGUGCGCAGCACUAAAGAGAGUAUCUCCUGAUUGCCUCAUCAUUCCUUGUUUUGUUGUUACAAAUGCAUUCGGAGGCCUGGAAGGCAAAUGUUGUUUUGUUUUGUUGCUUUGGGCAUUGUGCUUAUUUUGUAUUAAUCUGUGGAACACUUUCAUGAAGUAAUGUGUAUUUUAUUGAUGACAGUAACUUGCUAGAAGGAAUUCCAAUAUUGAGCAGGUGUUUUAAUUUGUUUUUAUAUCUGAACAUUUGGGCCAAGCUUGGUCUUCAGUCCAUUUCAAAAUAAUAACGUUAUAUUGUGUUUUUUCUUCUUUUCUUCUGCCAUUCCAGUAUUUAUUUCCUUUUGUUAUGGAGCCAGUCUUGGUUCAGAAUGUAACUUUCUACAUGAGCAAAAUAUGAUGGGAGGCCAUUGUAAACAGAAUAGUCCAGUGAGUUUACAUGAUUGUUAAUAAUGGUUAAAUAAAAGAAAUCAAUGGAA